GAUUAAAAAGACAUAACAAAUGAAUUGAUGGACCCAUCGGUCGGUCGUCGGGAAAGUGUGGCCAACAAUAUGUGCGACCAAAACAAGUUUGAAUUCGUGAUCAACACUAACGAGACAUACAUUAAGCCCAACGAACAGUUCAAUAGUUUCAGCGAUCAGUUGAACUCCAAGACCAUCGUCGAGGACAUAGUGUCGGCGCCGACCGCUGCCAACGCCGUGGCCGCCGGCGACCGCUCGCCGCCGGCCAUCGUCUCCAAGACUGCCGACAAGUUUGUCGACUUUGCGGUCAAACAGUAUCGAAACGAUGGCUUCGUCUGCACUGUGGAUGAAAAUGACCGACAGAUCUAUUACUGCUAUUACUGUCACCAAUACAUCAGUGACUUUGAUCUCAUCGCCGCUCAUAUCGAUAGCGCACAACACCUGAAGAAUAUUCUGAACGGUAUUUCGUUUGAUAAGGGAUUGGAUAAAGAGUUUGUUGUGGAAACUGUUGCCGAAGACAAGACUAAGAAGAAAUUGCUUAAAUUGAUUGAUAAAGUGUUGACACGAAUGCCUCUUCAUCUCAAGCAUUAUUACUUCCGCAAUGGUAUCCGUCUCAUGAAUGUUAAGCCACCGGACGCUUACUUUUGCAAAUUUUGUAAUCAAACGAUUCAGGACUACAAAGAUAUUGAAACCCAUUUGUUAAUAGAGAGCCAUAGACUUAGUCAACAGAAACUAAGACCAGAUUUAAUGCAAUUAAUCGAUAAAUCGGAUGACGUUUUGCUGCGAAUUGGUCUUCAAUUCAUUAGCGAGGAUAUCAUAUCGGAUGCGAUAGUGGUCUAUGAGUGCGAACUUUGCAAUUGCUUUGAUUGUGAUAAUGAGAAGAUGUUUUCGCACAUCAAGAGCUUUAAACACCGGAAGAAUAUAUUAAAAGAGUACGAAUACGACACACAAGACUUGUCUGAGAUUGAUAUGGAGACACAUCUAAAGGAGAUUCAGGAGAAACACGGCUUAAGUUGUAUUCAGACGUGUAAUAAAGUCAAGCGACUCAAAACCAGUCACGAAUCGGAGCCAAAAGCCAUUCCCACAGUAGAGAUACCGUUAUAUGAAGUGAGAGCUAAUGAUAACACAGAGACGGUUCCCAACGAUAGCACGCCAUCAGAACCCGCAGAGAAGGACAAUCCUUUCACUAGAGAUGAUAUCCUAUUAGUUGAAUACGAAAGCCAUAAAAUCAUUCAAACCUUUGAAAGCGAUUCGACAGACAUUUACUUCUGUUGUUAUUGUGAUCUGUAUUACAAUUCAUUCAAAUUGAUGAGACAUCACGUCAAAUACGAUGCCAUCCAUAAAGGGUUGACAGCAAAAGCGAGCAAUUGUUCCCAUGGAUUGAACGACAAAUUUUUGAUGAGACCACUGUCCGAAGGCGACGAUAAAAUGCGUGAAAUUGAAAGGUUAAACGCAAUACCACUUGUGAUAAAACAUUUCUACUAUAAACGGGGCAUCAAAUACGCGGGCAAUAAUAGCUAUUACUGUCGGUUUUGCCAAAAAAUGAUCGCUUCAUUCGAUGCCAUCGAUGAGCACAUGAAGAGUGAAUCUCACGCUCGCAUCGAAGAGAAACCCACAAAAUUCAACGAUAUUUUGUUUCAAACAAAUCAGCCGAUCAUUGGCUUAAAAUAUAUUACAGAGUAUUUGUGUCAAAACUCAAGACAAGCGCUCUAUGAGUGCACUCUUUGCGACUAUACCACCGAUUUUUCUCAAAUGUAUAUCCAUUUGAGUGGUUUUACGCAUCAAUACAGAGCACUGAAAAAAAUCGCUCCAAAUAACGAUAUUUUCCAAACCAUUUGUGAGAAAGAGGUUUCAUUAAAUUCAUCGGAAAUGUUGAAAAAACAGAUCAUAAGAAUCGAGAAGAGAAUCGGUUGCGGUUUCGUUAAGAGAAGCUAUGAUUUUGAUGAGAAAAUGGCCGCAAAAUUAACUCAAAUUCAAACAGAGUUUGAAACGAGACGUCAGGCGAAGAUUAGAGAACUAAGAGGUGAUGAUAAUCACACCGACGACACGGCGAAUGGUUUAUCGGCCGAACAAUUGUUAUCUCAAUUGAAUGAAACAUUUUCGGUCCGUUUGUCAAACGACGAAGAGUUAGAUAUUCUUAUAUCAAUCAUCACUUCAUUAAAAGACAGUUUAUUCGCUUAUUAUGGGAAACCAUCGCAACCGCCAAACACCACAUACUCCCCGACGGAUAGC